UGGGCUAGAUCAGCUCAUGCAACAUUUUGGAACCAUCAGCGUCGUGGGACAGUUCACCUUGCCACAUGUGCAGAUGGAGGUAUUUCGUUUCAUACAUAUCAUGUUCAAAAUUACAGCCAGUUGUUGCAGGCAGUGAGCGUGGUACCUGUGAUCGAAGAUGGAACUGUACGAUGUCGUUGGCGUGUGAAAUAUGUGUCAAUAAUACGGCUUCUUAUGAAUCCACGUCUUCUAAGAUUCGACUAUCGCAUGAAGAAUCUAAGCUGGUUCGAUGGUUAUUCUGUUUUGACGGUUGAUGGCAAUGGUUUAGUGUUCAAGAUUACCCUACAAAAGACGCAGCGGGACGAUGGGAAGCUACUUGAUAAGAAGAGUACUAAAGAAAAGCUCGCAGAGAAAAUAGCAGUUUUUCGACCGGGACCAGCUGCUACGCACUUUUUAGAUCGACAACGGCAUUUAAGGGAGUCAAGCAAGGAUGCGGAUACGAUAUCAAAAGCUGCCUGUCGUGGCGAGAAUCUCUUUCCAUAUCGUGCAAUACGAAGUGCUGCCCAUAACUGA